AUGGGUGAUGGACUUGCUGGUGCUGUCAUAAAUCGACUAUCCUCCCCAUCUUCUACUCCCGACAUCAUUCCCUCCGCUCAGUCUAUCCCUCCAUUUCUCAUCCCAGACUUAACUGGACGUAUCACCCGAUGCAGCCAAGACCCCGUCUCUGGCGGUACAUACGGAAAUAUCUACAAAUGUAUUUACCACGGGCCAGAUGGCGAUGUAGAGGUCGCCGUUAAAGCAAUGCGACCGCAUUUCUUAAAUACUGAAGUGAUCUUCGUAUUUUGGAGAGAGCUCGGGAUUUGGAAGAGGUUGCAACAUUUCAAUAUCUUGAAGCUCAUGGGUACUACUAGAGGCUUUGGUUCCUCCGUGGCACUGGUUGCUCCGUGGAUAGACAACGGCACCCUGACGUCAUUCCUCCAGGGGAACAACGGGACCCUCACGCUACGUGAUCGUUUGCUUCUGCUCUAUGACAUAGCUGCUGGUGUGGACUAUCUCCAUACAUUUAGCUUUGCUGUAGACGGACGCAUGUACUUUAAUCCAGUCGUCCACGGAGACCUCACUGGUAACAAUGUCCUGAUCGGUAGCGAUCGAACCGCAUAUGUUGCAGACUUUGGCCUUUCCGGAACUUUAACAAAAUUCCCUGGCAUGACGUACCUCGCGUACGUGAGCCGUCAUCCAGGAGCAGUGAGAUGGGCGGCCCCUGAACUUCUUUCUGCGGAAGAGCCCGCCUCUGUAAUCACCCCUCAGAGCGACAUGUAUUCCUUUGGUAGCAUUAUGCUUCAAGUUCUGACGGGAGUGGUCCCUUGGCAUCACUUGAAAAAUGAUUUCUUAAUCUGGUCGAAAGUGACUGCAGGGGACGUACAUCCUCGUCCAGAAGACGUUUAUGUCACCGACGAGCACUGGAGUUUUAUGACCCGUUGUUGGUCUAUGACACCCGUUGAUCGGCCUUCUGCCAAGGAGGCACUUCAAUUUCUUGAAAGCGCGCUCGCUCGGUACGCCUGA